AUGGUGAACAUCGGCUCAAAAUGGACACGUUCGUUCCCGAUGGGAUACCCUGCGUGUCCUGAUGUUCACAGCAAGACGUCGAAGAUGAUGCGCGACACACUGGACACCAUCCAGGAAGGCACCCACUCGGACAUACAAGCCACGAUGGACACCGAGUUGAAUGACGCUACAGGCACUCAAUUUCCAAUUAUCAUUUGCGGGUGGCAGCGUGUGCUGAGCUGUUGCAGA